AUGCUCUAUCGGAAAGGAAAGGGAAACCUCUCCGAACAACCGAAGCUCUGUCCCGAGUCUCCUCGUGCCGACGAUGUCAACGCCGUAAACGAUUCCUCGGACUCCAAAUAUCGGGAUGUCAAGAUUGAGGAGUACCAGACUGGAAUAUGGAGAGUCCUUCUCUCCAAACAGGGACAAUUCAAGGGCCCUAAGGCAUUCGAACAAUUCACCCAUUUCUACAAGUCUUUUGAUCACAUCCGACAACUUUACAUGGACAUUUACACGCUAUCCCCAACUCUAUUUCUGCUUCAUGUCCUUUCCUCGCUCUGGUCUGGUCUACAAGGUGCCUUGAUGCUCUAUUACUCGAGUGAAAUUUUGCGAGCGGUCGAGGCGGGACUCAAGGAGGAUCAACCGACUUUAGCUCCCAUGCUAAAGACCGCGCUUGUUCGAAUGCUUUGGAAUUUCUUAAUCUCGUAUAUCAACAGACAAUUCCGGAUUGUUGACAGGCGGCUUCAAAGGAAGGUCCAGCUUCACUUUGAGCUACGAGUAAUCAGAUCCCAACUUGGUUCCGACGUGUACACGGCGCGUACGAUUCCGGCUGUCGAGGCGUUUUAUGCAUGGGAUGCAUUCGACCACGUGAACCGACAUAUCGUAAAUAUGACCAGGACCAUAAGCCACAUAGCCGUCACGCUCCGCAACAUACAAGCCUCCUUUGGCCCUGUCUUCGUCGCGUUUUGUCUGGGACCGCCAAUCAUCAAUCAAAUGCUCGGAACAUCGCUUUUUGACAAAAGUAGCCUCUAUCUCUUUACCGUGCACGACCUCUUGUAUCUGAUAGAAGUUCCAGCGUGUUAUCUCUGGAUCGACAACUCCGUUUACCUGCGAACGCAGGCUUUAAGAGCCCUCGGGGGCGAGACUUACCGACAAGAUGUUAUUUGCGGGGAUUUACGAGAUUGGAUCGUGAAAGAAAUCCAAGAGGGCUCGGAGGAACUAGGUGAUUUGCCGGACAUCUUACCGUGGAACAACGACCGCGACAUUUCCUUCAAGACUAUCUUUAAGCUUCUCAGUAGCGCACCCCUAGUUAUGUGCCUCCUGGUGGCGUUGUCUGAUAAGCAACCUUCGGUUGCAACGGUAGCUAUCCUGCAAUCGUCUCUGAGGGAGCUUCGGGCGAACGUAACGUCGGCCUUAAAUUACGGAGAGCGACUUGGAACCUGCCUUUCACGGCUCGGGAAUCUGUACAAAUUGUUGGAGGCCGACGCUGGCUCCAAAGCGGCGCUUUCGUAUCCGCCAAACGAUGUCGAUUCCAAUGGCAAGGCAGGGAUGAAAUUUGAGCUUCGAAAUGUGUCUUUCGCGUAUCCAGGGAGCAAAAAUUCCACCAAGGCGCUCGAUGGUCUAGAUCUGACUAUCCCUGCUGGAAGUGUCGUCGUGAUUGUUGGGACGAACGGAAGCGGGAAGUCAACUCUAGUCCGCAUCCUUUCGUGCCUCAGCCCGCCUACCUCUGGCGACUUGAUGAUCGAUGGCCAUCCCGCCAAAGAUUACGAUUUGAGCGAAAUCCGCCAAGCGUCUGCCAUCCUGAGCCAAGACAGUCAGCUGUAUCCAUUGUCAUUCGCAGAGAACAUCGGCCUGGGUUGUGUAGAGUUGAUGUCCGAUAUGGCACUGGUUAAGGAUGCAGCGGAGAGGGGCGGAGCGGCGGAGUUUAUCUCGAAGAUGGGCAAGGGUUACGAUACGGUGCUCGACGCACACAGGUUCAGGAAUAAGCACGAGUUCAAUCUCCCGGACGACGAGAACCACCCUUUACAAAAGAGGAUCCAGAGUCUUCCUAACAAGAAAGCCAACAUAUCGGGAGGGGAACGGCAGAGGGUGAUUGCUGCGCGCUCAUUUAUGAGGCUCCAUUCGGGGAAGAUCAAGUUUGUGGCUGUCGACGAACCGAGCUCCGCUUUGGACGCGGAGGCGGAACUUCGGCUCUUUCAACAGCUCUUGGCUGUCCGUGAUGGCAAAACGCUGGUGUUUGUGACCCACCGCUUUGGACACUUGACCAAAUUCGCGGAUAUGAUCCUGUACGUCACCUUCUAUCUACCAGAUCUCGUGUUUGACCUCGCCAAUUGGCUUUUACGUUCCUUUCAGGUGCAUGAAAGGAGGUAG